AUGGCGACUCGUGGAGAUUAUUUCAGAGUCGAUCCAGAGGAUAGAAGUAGCAGUCGCCUGCUGGAAAACAACCCUUUAACAUCUGCCGAGGACUCGCCGAGGUCUGAAAAUAAGGAGUCCAAAGGUUCAUCAUGUAUCAGUAUGUGGUCAUUUUCUUUGAUUGUUAUUGGAUUAGCAGUGAUGUUUUUAGUUGGUAUUUGCGUUGGAUUCUACGUUCGAGAACUGCAGAAAGGAGACCCUCGGGUGGAAGAAAUGUGUGGUUCCACGAAGAAAGUACAGGAGAUUGAUUAUAACAAGCUAGGAGGCCUGCAUGAAACUUUGGUUUAUUAUAUUCGUGGAGAAGAGAUUAGAGAAUUUGUCAGCGAGUAUGGUCAGGACGAUCCAGUGACAGGAAGUGUGGCUGAGAAACGACUGGCCAGCAUUGUUUUGGAAAAGUUUGAUAGCUACAGAAUUGAUACCAUGGAUGUAGAGAACCAUGAGUUCAUGGUCACACUUGCUGACCCUGACCACCCCAACCAGUUGGAGAUAUUGGAUCACAAAGGGGUGACGUUACAGCACAUGAUGCUAGUGAAUAACCUUGAUGGGAAUAGUACAUUGCUAAACAGUACAUCAACUCACAAGUGGAAACAUCCCUGUGUUGUUAACUCUCCUGCUGGAAAUAUACAG